AUGGAAUUUAUCACGGGUUUGCCCAAAGCCCAAGGCAGGGACUGUAUUUAUGUUGUGGUUGACAGAUUAACAAAAUUUGCUCAUUUCUUUCCUAUUUCAACCACAUAUACAGCAGCACAGGAACUAUUCAGAUUGAGUGGAACAGAGCUCACUCCUAGUACCAGCUAUCACCCACAGACAGAUGGUCAAACAAAGAUUGUUAACAAAUGGAUGACACCAUUCAUGGCUCUCUAUGGUUACGAGGCACCCAACUUUUUAUAUCUAUUACUUGGAGAUAGCAAAGUGCCCAAAGCCAAGGAUGUGCUUCAAGAGAGUCAGGAUAUACUAAAGACCUUAAAGGAAAAUAUUCAGAAGGCCCAAAAUCAGCAAAAGCAGUAUGCCAAUCAGCAUAGAGUUGAACAUUCUUUUGAGGUUGGAGAUAUGGUGUACUUGAUGCUACAACCAUACAGACAGUCCAUGCUCAGGAAGAGUGGUGCGGAGAAACUUAAGCCACGUUACUAUGGAUCUUUCAAGAUCAUUUAG